AUGGAGCUUCCAGACAAGCAGAACAAAGUAUGAAAAACAAUGCAAAACAUUGAAAAUCGACAAGAAGCGGUGAAAACAUCAAUAAUCCACUAAGACUCUUCCUACAUUAAUUUAAAAAAACCACACAAUGUCUUCUCUUGUUGCUGAUUAUGGUUCGUCCUCCUCUGGUUCUGAAGAUGAAAGUGAAUCAGAUCACGAAGCUUCGCCUAGGCAUGAACUGUCAUCUCCAACAGCAAAAGUACCCUUACCAAGGCCUGAUUUUGCCAAUGGACCCACUUCAAAAAACUCAGUUUUCCUUAAUCCCUAUGUGGAAGCUGAGAUUGCCAAGAAAGCUAUUUUGGAAAAACAUGUAAAAAUGGUUCCAAGCAAAGAUGAGGUACGUUUCAUAAAUGGCAAACAGAUUUGCUGGAAUUACCGGAAAGGAAGAUGCCGCUUUGGUCACAACUGCAAGUUUGCUCAUGAUUCUGAUCUGCACCAAGGAGGAUCUCAGAGUAGCUCAUUUGCUGGAAAUGUUUCUGGGCAAAUAGUCCCAGAUGGUGGUUCAGUCUCUCCAGAACCUGAAGCUGAUGAAGGUGAAGAGGGACAAAUGAAACGAAAGAAGAGACCUGGUCUGAGUCAAACUUUAGUUCCUGGUAAGAAAGUUCUCAACAGGUAUAAAAAGCAAAGAGUGAAAGAAACUCCAUGGAAAAGCUAAACAAAUUAUUAAGUUUAGUCAACUUCAGUGUUACUGUGUUAAUUACCAGUUCAGCUCACCCAUGAUAUGUCCAGCAAUAAACUACUUUUAAGAUUUGAACUGUGUAUUUGACAAGUUAUAUCACCUAUCAUCAUUUUGUAUCUAAAUCAAAGUAUGUUUUAAUUAGACAAGAUAUAAAGUACAUAUUUAUAGAAAAUUUUGCAUCAAGUAUUGUAAUGUGAGGUAACAACUUAGUCACUGGAUUGCCUGGCUGUGAUCGGUUCAUACACCAACAUAUGUAAAACAUGAGGGUUUUUACUUGUAAGUAACUAUAUUUCUUGAAUUUUAUGCUUCCAGGGUAUCAUAUCCUAAUCUGUUAAAAAGUUGUUUCUUUUCAUGAGUCUAGCUUAGCAGAAUCAAUUUGAUGCAUGUUGUAAUUGAGGCUUAUUUUCUGUAAGUCGUUAAACUGUGUAAAAGUAGUGUGUAUGUUGUACUUUUACACUCUAUACUAACUUAGAGUUAAACAAUUGUUCAGUUUGGGCUUUUGUUGUGAGCCAUGCAAUUAGAUUCCAUUAUUGCAGCUGUUAUUUUGUUGUAAAGUUUUGUAUUCCUUCUUGGAUUGAACUUGUACCUUCUUUCUCUCCUACAGAGGACAGAAUAAAAUCUAUCACUAGCCCAUACUUUAGUGUUUCUACCUCACUUGAAAAUGAAUGUAUUUUGAGGUGUAAUAAAAAUAAUCUGAUGUGAGUCUCAUCUCAUGAU